UAUAUAAUCAUUCUAAGUGAACUGAGUGAAGGGAAGAACAGGUAAAGGGAAGGACGUGGGGGAGAAGGAACAAAUAUGAAGGAAGGUCAGGAGGGAAAGAAAUUUUCCACUAUCUUCACUCUGUGGGGUAUGGAGACAAAUUCCUGCAUGUAUUUGUGUCCGUAUCUCAGGAGAUCAAACUAUCAAACAAUCACAUCCUGUUUCAUCCUCAUGCCUAUCCUACUAAUCCAUACAUGCGUGACAUUAAAAAAAGUAUAAAAGCAGGAUUAUUUCUGGAACUUCACACAAUCUUACUCCGAGAUUCAGAAGGCAACAAUUUGAAAACCAGGGUUCAUCAUGACAAUGCUGAGAAAUGUUCUGCUUCUUUUCAUUAUCUUCUCCAUGGGGAAUGCAGAAGUUGAGUUAGCUGUAAAAUGCCCCCCUGGAUGGAAAAAUUUUGGAGUCCGGUGCUACAAGUACUUCUCUCAGUCGGUCAACUGGAUUACAGCAGAGAGAAACUGUCAAAGUCUUGGUGCGAAUCUGGCAUCUGUACAUAGUAAACUGGAAAAUGAUUUCCUGCUGAGUCUGGUGCCUUCUUCCACACUGGCUUGGGUUGGUGCUCAUGAUGGUGAACAAGAAGGACAGUGGUUGUGGAGUGAUGGAACUGCGUAUGACUACACCAACUGGUGCUCUAAUGAGCCUAAUAGUGCCAAUGGUGCUGAGAACUGUCUGGAGAUCAACUGGACCUCUAACCGUUGCUGGAACGAUGGGUCCUGCUCAGUGUCAAACAAAUAUGUUUGUGUUACGGACAUGUGAGACCGAGUCAUAUUGCUCUACAGUUACUUUGAUUGUACUAUAUUUACUUUUUCUGAUUUUACCUUUACAAAAUGUUAUUUGGAAAUCAAAUUUCUUUUAAUCUCUUCUUAAUAUCUUCUCUGAAACACUACUCAAACUAAUAAACGCAUUGAUAAAGCAAAUCAUGUGGAUCGUUAAAUUCAUUUAUAUCAAAAUAUAAGAAUAUUGUGUUGCAAGGUUUAAUGAU